AUGUCUCUCAGCUCAGGGACACAGUUGCUAGCUGUUGUUAGGAGCAUGUCUCUCAGCUCAGGGACACAGUUGCUAGCUGUUGAUAUCAAAACUGUUGAAAAUAAAAAGACAGAAAGUGAUAAAUUGCAAGGAGCUUUUGACACUAUGAGAGCGCAGGACCAGGCAGAUAACGACGCCCUGGCUGCAGCAGAGAAGAGGCUGCAGGCCAUUAGCUCCGGCAUGUACUCAGCGGGUGACGGUGAGGACGCCACCUUGCAAGAGCAGCUCAUGAACACCAAGGCCAGCAUCACAGAGGCCAAGACCAUGACAAAACAAGCUGAAAUGAAACUAAAACACAGUAAAGAAGAACUGAAGAAGAAAGAACAAGAAAUGAAAUGUACUUCUGCAGAAUACACAAAGGACAAAUCUUUCCUGGAUAGGAUGGAGAAGGAAGUUAAAAAUCUUGAGACUCAACUGGGGAAGCUGGACUAUGAUGACAGUAAAGUGGAGGAGCUGGAGGGGGAGCGUCGCCUUCUCAACAACCAGAUUAUGAACCUACAAGAGAAAGUAGAACAUCUGGAGUCCAGGUAUCCCCAGUUAUGCUUCAACUACAAAGACCCAGAGAAAAAUUUUAAUCACUCAUUAGUAAAGGGGCUGGUGUGUAAGCUUGUGAAGUUGAGGGACCCUACCACAGCCACUGCUUUGGAGGUUACAGCUGGGGGGAAGCUAUAUAAUGUUAUUGUGGACUCUGAGGUAACUGGCAAGAAGCUGCUGCAGAAUGGACAGUUACAGAGAAGAGUUACCAUCAUUCCUCUCAACAAGAUCACAGGACGGUCUAUUGAUGCCCACAUAGUCAAACAAGCCGAGAAUUUGGUAGGCAAGGAGAAUGUGCAGACUGCGCUGUCUCUUGUGUGCUAUGAUCAUGACCUGCACAAGGCCAUGGAAUGGGUGUUUGGCUCCUCCUUCAUCUGCCAUGACAUGGAUGUGGCUAAACAGGUCACCUUCAACAAGAACAUUAUGAGGAAGUCUGUAACACUAGAUGGUGAUGUGUUUGAUCCAGCUGGUACCCUGACAGGUGGUAAGUCAACUAUUAUUGAAACACUCCUUCCUGCUCAUUGA